AAGCGCAGCACUGAGAGCAACAGGCAGCUGCGGGUGAGGAAGGGGCUGCGGUGCCGGAAGCGAGCUGCCAGCUGUGAGCAUACCCUGUGCCCAUUCCCUGCCAGGUGCUGUUUCUGCCGCUGCUGUGUUUUCCAUGUUUUCAUCAUUGUUUUUCCUUUUGAAAAAUGAAUGAACUGAAAUACAAAUUUGAGGCCAUCGCUCCAACAACAUUGCAUAUCCAUGCAGAAAUUACUACAGCGAGCUUUUAUGCCUCUACUGCAGAAGACCUAGAUGCCAGGAUAGCCAACCUGGUGGAAGUGUUUCUUCUGGAGGUUUAUAGGUGCAAACUCUGCCAGUUUACCAGCAGCUUAAAAAAUAAACUAUGCCUUCAUGUUUUAGAUGUACAUCAGCUCGAUCAAACUCCUCUGCUUCCAGAAAGCACCGAACCAGAGGAAAGCGAUUCUUAUGGCAUUGGAGAAGAAAUGACUCAGGAAAACAAAGAGAACGAGGAAAACUUAGACAAAAUGCCCUUCUUAUACCGAAUUUUAAACACCAUGAGCCCAGCCUCGUGUGAUAUGAGUCUUGGAGACCAAGGUGGAAAUACCAACAUCGUUGGUGCUAGUGAAGUGAAUUCAUUAUUUGAAGAACAGUCAGAGUUCCCCUUAGAUGAAUCCAUGCCAAGUGACUCCAUUCCUCCUUCAAGCUCUGCCAAUUCUCCCAAAAGUAAAGAAGAAGACGAAGCUCAAUGUGAGCACCUCUUGUCUCUGGGUCUGUACCGCAUCUCCAACCUGAGACCCCUUUCUUUAUCCACUGAAGCAAAAAUUCCUCAAAGUAACUUGGUAAAAGAAUCUGCAAGAACGAGGAGCAGAUGUAGAAAGCUUGCAAAUAUGCCCCCCUUGCCGGUCGACCACCUGAAAAACAACACAGAAAAGAAAAAAAGUUAUAGGUGCGCUUCUUGUGAACUGGAAUUUAAUACCAAGGACACCUACAAAGUACACGUGCAAUGUCACAAACAUGGUGGUGGUUUCACCUGCAUGUAUUGUGGCGCCUUCAUGAGUGAAUGGGACCCAAUGGAAAAACACAUAAAAAGCCAUCGCCUGGUAAGAAAGAGCUACCAGUGUCAGGUAUGUGAGAAACGGUUCAUGACCCAGAGUGCAUGGAAAAGCCACAUGAGAGGCCAUGACCAGAAGAGUGAAGUUUUCUUGUGCACAAAAUGCCCUUUAUCAUUUGAAAUUGAAAGUGUUAGAAACCUGCAUGUGACCUGUCAUAAUGAAGAUGUCUUCAAGUGUUGUCAUUGCGGACUUGUGGAACAAGAAUGGAACAAGAUCUAUGAGCACAUGUCCAGUCAUGACAGCAGUUUGAAGCCCUUUACAUGUAGCCCAUGUGACAAAAGAUUUUUCACAAAAUCACAAGUGAAAGCCCACUCCUCUAAGCACAAAAAGCACACGCUUCUUACUUGUCCAUUCUGUAAUGAACCUUUCAAAAACAUUCGCCAAAUGACUAAACACCAGAAGAUUGUUCAUCCCAAGCAGAAUAACACAGAUUGUAAGAAGGAGAAAGCGGAGAUUCCAAAUAGAGUCCUUGUCCCGGAAAGUUCUGUCAAUCCACAAAGUGUUCCAAAGAGAAAAUUCAGUUGUGAUAUUUGCAACAGGAAUUGUUCAUCCAAACUGGCUCUGCAGAGACACAUGGGCGUACAUGCUGGAGUGAAGCCAUUUCAUUGCUCACACUGCGACUACAAAACCAGACUGAAAGCCUCACUCACACAACACCUCCGGGUCCAUACAGGUGAGAAGCCUUUUAAAUGUAAACUGUGUUCAUAUGCAUCAAUAGAUGCCAGUUCUCUCCGUCGGCACAUCCGAACUCACACCAGUGAAAAGCCUUACAAGUGUCAACUCUGUUCAUACAGCUGCAAUCAGAAGAAGAGUCUUGAUCUGCACAUCCGUCGGCACCACACCGGGGAGAUGUUCAAAUGCAACCUUUGCCAGUAUUCCACCCCAGACAAGCAGCUGCUACAUAAACAUACGAAGAAGCAUCACGCCAAUGAGGAUCUCCAGCUCUCCAGCAAGCAACUUCCCACCAGCUGACAAGUAUCUAGUUCAGCACCCGUCACCCACCAUAUUUUAAUGCAUUGAGGCUUUUCGGAGACAUUGUUUUAUAGUAUCUGUAUGUCAUUAGUAAAGACGUGUGGAUGGCAUUUCAUUUACAUUCUUGCCACCAUAAUAAUGUGUUUUUUUUGGGAGCCAAUUACAUGGCUCAGGAUACAUACAAGAUGUUAAUCGCUUUGCCCUGUUGAAUCUGUAGUUCUAAUGAGACCACAUUAUUUUCUUGGUGAUCUUGCAAAUGAAAAUAAGGAUUAACAGCCUUCUAUUGUCUGCCUCAAUCUGCGCAUACCACCCCACUUUGUCAUUCUAAUAAAGGAGUUAUGCCAUGAAAAA